GGAAAAAUUGGUUUGGUGGUUGACCAUUUUGGUUGUCGAACCUACAUCUGGAAUGAAUUAAGUUCGACAACCGAGGUUCCACUGUAUUUUGGUAAUAAAUUCAUGAAAAAAUGUUUAUAAUCAUACAGGGGUAUCUUUUUUUUAUUACUGGUAUCUAACUGGAGUUAUUUUUACAGGGACGACAGUUCUACCCCCGAUGUCACCCCAACUUACCAGAAGGGGAAGUAUUGGAUCACCCAGGUCUGUAUGCCAUAAUUCUAGACUUGGCUACCACACUCGAUGUGUCACAUCUUUUCUAUGACACGCAUGACCUCCAAUGACCUUCUGCCACGUGCUGACCUUCGGCUAGAGAAGGAUUGCGACAUGGUGCAACAUUUAUAAGUGAAGUUAACAGGCUUUCCAACUGGUUCGGAUCUUUUUUAGUGAGCCAGUCCGAAGGUGAACGAAGAAUGAUGCACUAUGCCAGCAACCAUGUGACACAGGUGUCAGGUGAAUGUAGCUACGUGGCUCAUUCUAGAGUACAAGGCAGUGUAGUUGCAAGAACCAGAGCAGAAAAUAAUUUAGACUUUCAUGCACAAAAUGGUAUUCAGUAUGUCUCCAGGGGUCAGAGUAACCAGCUUUCAUACCAGAUGACACAACAGAAGGGAAAGCAGAGCAGCAAAAGUAAGGGUUCUAAGUUAAGCUCAUCUGCUACUACUCUGAGCCCACCACACCCUACCACUUCAGAUCUCAACUGGAGUCCACUUCCUAGGCGACAUGCCUCAGCUUCUGAAAAUCUCUGCGUUGCUCUUUAUUGUGAUGAUGGCUGGGAAGAUGCAGAAGAAGCCACAGCAAACUCUAAACCUGGUCAGUCUGUCCAGCCACCACAUUUGCCGAGUUGCAGCUCGCCCAAAAUCAACCGACCUACUCUCAGGAGCCUCACCUUUGCUGAUGAAGUACCAGAAAACAUUCCUGACCACACUUCACUCUCUCCACCUCUAAGUCCUACUCUCCAGCUUCGACCUUAUACUAAUCCCAGAGACACUCCUACCCACCACCCUCCUGUUCUUCAUAGCCCAACUCACCGUCUGACACCCAUUCCAGCCCACGACCUUACGCUUGAAUCCCUUCAUGACCUAAAUUGGCUCCAUGAAAUGGAGCCAGAUGAUCAGGUUAUUCUUGAGGUUCAUGUUAUAUGGUCCAUCUUAUCUUUAAUGGUUGUCCUUUUAGCAUGCUACACUCUGCAUCAUCAACCACUUUCUGGGUGAACUUCAUAAUAGCAAUGUUUGCCAUAGCUGAAGUUUUGUACACAAUUGAAAAACUAAAAUAUAAUUGACCUGAUGCCUAAGUCCUCUCUUAGUUUGACAUGGCAGAGUUGAAAGAAUAAAUUUUAGCUUCAGUAACCUUACUUGUUUAUUGAAAGUAAUAUGAGUGACCAAGUUGACACUGCCCAAAGACUAGAACCAACAGUGCUGUAGAUAAGUGUGACUUAAUCUAGGUAGAUCAGCUGGAGAAAGUUAGACAUAUUCUAAGUAAUUUAUAUAUUUUACAUAACAUAUACAUAUACUGUAUAUAUAAAUAUCUAUACAUACUAUUUCUACUUCCAUUAUUGUAUUUAUCGUACAGUAUGGUAAAUAUAGUGAAGUGAAUCUGCACUAAGCCGAUAUUUUAUUUUUAAUAUUACGUACUUUUUAUUAUAAAUUUGUUUGAAACUACAUAGAUACCAGCAAAAAAUUGUUAUACAGAUGGAGACUGGUAAUGAGUAAGGCAAGUCUUCACCCUGGUGUGGUCACCCUGGUGUGGUCACCCUGUUGUGGUCACCCUGUUGUGGUCACCCUGGUGUGGUCACCCUGUUGUGGUCACCCUGUUGUGGUCACCCUGGUGUGGUCACCCUGGUGUGGUCACCCUGGUGUGGUCACCCUGGUGUGGUCACCCUGGUGUGGUCACCCUGUUGUCUCCAAGUGGCACAUCUUGUUAAGUCUUGUCAUCCAGCUGCUCUCAUAGCAGUCAAAACAGACACACAGGAGACAAAAAUAGGAAUAUAUAUAUAUAUACAACACCAUUUUUCUUACUAGAUAGUUGCUGAUUCUUUUAUAAACAAAUUCAUAACACUUUGAUGCUCCAAAAUAACUAUAAACACAAACACACAGAAGAAGAGUGACCUAGUAGCGAGCAAUGAAGUGGCGGGACCAGGAGCCAUGACUCGACCCCUGCAACCUCAACUAGGUGAGUACAACUACACGAAUAUACAUGUACUAGUAGCGAUCAGUGAAGAGUUGGGGCCAGGAGCUAUGUCUUGACCCCUGCAACCACAAAUAGGUGAACACACACAUUCCCCACCACACAUAGGCCCACUGAUUUUUUUUUGCAGGGCCAGGAGCUGAGUCUCGACCCCUGCAACCACAAUUAGGUGAGUACACAUCCCCCCCCACACACAUUCCCCCACACACACAUUCCCCCACACACACAUUCCCAAACACACACAUUCCCCCACACACACAUUCCCCCACACACACAUUCCCCCACACACACAUUCCCCCACACACACAUU